AUGGGCGAUAACGGGCGCGUGUGCCACGCCGCGGCGCGGCUGGAGAUGGGCAGCCUCUGGGAGGAGUUCAACCGCUUGGGCACCGAGAUGAUCGUCACCAAGGCAGGCAGGAGGAUGUUCCCCACCUUCCAGGUGAAGCUAUCGGGGCUGGAUCCGUUGGCCGACUAUGUCCUGCUCAUGGACUUUGUCCCGCUGGAUGAUAAGAGAUACAGGUGGGGAUGGAGAUGCUUGGGGCGAUGGUGGUGGGAGGUGGAUCCUGGCGGUGCUGAGCCCCCCCCUGCCCCGCAGAUCAUCCUCAACUCCAUGCACCGCUCCCAGCCCCGCUUCCACGUCGUCUUCGUGGACCCACGGCGGGACAGCGAGCGCUUCGCCCACCAGAACUUCAAGUCCUUCAGCUUCCCCGAGACCCAGUUCAUGGCGGUGACGGCUUGCCAGAACCACCGGGUG